AGACUUUGCCACUUGCUAGGAAGGAAAGGAUACUAAAGCCUGCUCUCUGCUCACCUACCGUUUCUUGGUGGCUAUCGAUAGUUUUAGGGAAAGAACUGGCAUAUUGAAGUCAGUCGAGAUUCGUUUUAGUCCUAAAAAGCGCUUGUCAUGCCAGUGUUUGUGGAGGACCCCGCUCAGUUCUCCAAGCAGAGACUUAAGUCAGAGUUAGUUGCCAAUAACAUCACGCUGCCUGAUGCAGAGAGCAAAAAGCAAGUUUAUUUGGAUCUUUAUUUCACACACAUUGGUCAAAAAAGAGCAGCGGAUUUCUCUAGCGAUGAGGACGACGACCAGGUGCAAGACGUGGGAGAAGAGGAAAAGACAGAAGACUCAGAAAUGUUGGACUCUAAGGGAUUGACUGAUGAUGAGCUCAAGGCCUCACUGCUGAAACAUGGAGUCAGAGCUGGACCUAUAGUCGCCUCCACCAGGGCCCUGUAUGAGAGGAAGCUGGAAGGCUUACUCCAACCUGCUAGUCAACCAAAGCUGAAUGGCACAGGAGACACUGGCCAGUACUCUGACAGCGAAGAGGAAGAGGACAUAUCAGUUUCAGAACAAGCAGGACCAGAGACAGUAUCACACUUGGAUCAAAACCAGCAAGAAGACAGACAAACAGGGUUGAACUUUCAGAAUGGUGACACUUACCCCCAGUGUUUUAUGCAGUCAUCGAGACUGCGAGCUAGGAAGCAGCCGGGACGCUGGAAAUCCAAUCCCAGGAGGAAUGCAAGAAAUGUGGUGGAGUGGUGUGCGGAGUGGGGCCAGGAUCCCCUCUUGUCGCCCCUGGUGCUGAGUAAGACCUCAGUGGGCCAGCCUAAAGGAGCACGACCAGGGGUAUUGCCCCAGUGUGGUGCUUUGAUUGGUAACCGUGAGGACCCUUCCUCUUCUUCCUCUCAGACCUUCAGCAUCACUCAGAUGGUAGAGGAGAUUGAGAGUCGGUGCUCUCUCUCCACUAGAGCAGAAAGAGAAAGGGGGAACGGUGGGAGUGAUAUGGAGAGAGCUUGGCCAAGGUCCCACAGGGACUGGUCAAGGACUAUCAAAAACAUCACUUACAUACAGCCAAUCAAGGCACAAGAAGAGCCAAUCACAGAUGUCCUCAUGGAGAUAUUCCCCGAUACAGAGCCCACGCCCACUGGGAUAGUUGCAACCCGGCGGAGACCUAUAAAGGGUGCAGCAGGACGUCCGGUCCAGUUCAAGUACCCAGACACCCCUCUCAGUCCCACCACCAUGGAGAGACAGGAGCUGGAGCGUUUCCUCGUCCCUCUCUGGGUCCAAGUGGUGGCCUUCCUCAGCAUUGUCUGCCUCCUCUACUUAAUCUAUGCUUGUGUGGAGGACAGUUUAGACAAUCCCUUUGGGGCCUUCCUGGAAAACCUUAGCCUGAAGACAGGAGAUGUUGAGGUGAGCCUGGAGACUGGAGUUGAGGAGAGAUUGUUGCUGAAGGCCGAGCCUGCGGACACUCAGGUCCUAGACCCCCUUACUGGGCAGGAGUAGGCCCGUACUCUGUUGGCCUGUUUAGCCUUCUCUUCAUCAUCUUCCUUGUUGGGGUUUUAAGCGAUGAAGACUUCUUGUUUGGUUUGUUCCCCUAUGCACUUGGUAAAGUCACAGCUCAUAGCAAGCCAAGAUUACCUCACCUUGCCUCAGUACCUCACUGUUGUGAUGUAACAUCUGUAACAUCAGACUGUAACAUCCCAUGAGUUAUGUUACUGGUUGAGCUACAAAAUGUAUUCUCAUGUGAUGAAGGUAUUUCUGCAUUGAAUGUUUUUAUGUACAAUAUGUUUAAGACUGGGACGAUGUCUAUGGUGUAUUUGAACUGAGGACAUUUAUGAGUUAUCUUAACCUACUUGUUUGUACCAUGUGUCUUUUUUUAAAGAAUAGUUUGUUGUGUUUGAAUAAAGAUGUUUGUUUCA